GUGGAAGCUAGGCGGAACAGAAUGGCGGCCCUGCAGGGGAGAAGGCUCCUCCUUCCCCUUCCCCUCUCCCUCCUCGCGCGGCAAGCCCUCCGCCGUGCCGUCCCACCGCCCAUCCCCCGCUGCCGCUUCCUCGGCUCCUCCUCCCCGCCCGCGGCACCGGCCUCCCCCUUCCCCUCCCCGCCCGCACCCGGCCCCCGCUCCCCGCCCGGCUCGCUCGUGCCGACGAGCGCCGCGGCCGUCGUGCCGGCCGCGCGUGGCGCUGGGUCCCCCGGCCUCGAGAUCUCCGCUCCGCAGCGAGGCCGGACCACCUCGGGCUGGCCCCUUCCGUCGUCGGCAUUGCUCCACGCCGCGGCGCCCUGGGCGCUCUGGACAUCGGCCACGGCUGAUGACAUGGUGGGCGCGCUCAUGGGCGCCAACUUGUCCGUCUUCAUGCUCUGGCGCGUGCUCGCGCAUCCCAGGUUCAUCACGGAUCCUCACAUGGUUUGGCUGGACAUGUACUUCGGCGGGCGGCUGCACACGCUGCUCACGAGCGCCUCCAGCAACGUGGAUCCCAUGUUCAUGAGGAAACAUUUCAUGAUCUCGCUGGACAAUUUCACGAGUGGGCGUCUGCACACGAUGCUCACCAGUUCUUUCAGCCACAUGAACCUUAAGCACCUCUUCAACAACAUGGUCGGCCUCUACUUCUUCGGCUCAAGCCAGGUACAAGUACAACCACUGAAACUCCAAUGACCGCCAGGUACGGCGAGGCAAUCGAUGGAUACGAUCGAGCUGCCCUAUUUUAUAAGGAAAAGGCGUGUUAGUGCACUUUUCUUUUUCCAAAUUAGUAUAUAGUAGUCCUCAGUGGCAAUCGGUAACUUUUUUCUUAAAAGGCUGUCAUGACUAGCUUUGUUAAAAUCAAAUAAUUGUACAUUGUCUAUGAGCUUGCUGACCAAGAUGUGAGGGGACGCAUUCAUCCAAACAAAGGAGUAAAUUGUAUAAAACUACUAUAAUUCGGGUUAGGGUUCCAAAAAAUUACUGAAUUUUUAAUUUUCGUUGAGACCUACCAAAGUCGGGGUUGGCUGUUUCAAAAAACUCAAAUCGUCCGUUGCGAACAUUUUAAACCGGUUUAUGACAGGUAGGACCCGCUCCUAAACAAUCCGUUUGUUGCAGUUUUGUUAGACCGUUAUCUUACAUGUGGGACCCAUGUGUAAGUUAUCUCUUUUUCUGUCUUUUCUUCUCUCCCUCUGCUGCGGCCACGGUGUCGCUGUAGCAGGGCCGGCAAGGCAAGGAGGAGGAGCGACGGCGGCCGGAAACGAGGAGCAGCAGGGUCCGGCAAGGAGCAGCAGCGACGCGUAGCCGACAACAAGUAGCAGCAGGGCGACAUCAGUAGCAACCGGUAACCUUUUUCCUUAAAAGGCGUGUUAGUGCACUUUUCUUUUUCCAAAUUAUAUAGUAGUCAUGAGUGGCAACCGGUAACCUUUUUUCUUAAAAGGCCAUUAUGACUAGCUUUAUUAAAAUCAAAUAAUUAUACAUUGUCUACGAGCUCGCUUAUCAAGAUGUCAGGGGGCGCGUUCAUCCAAACAAGAGAAAGCUCAUUAUAAAUACUAUGAUUAUUUAGCAUAUAUGCCGCCUGAUUAGAUAAUCGAUAACAAUGUUUAAAGAUGAUCUUUCCUAUUGACGUAGAUGUGUCCACACAGUCCACGAAAUAGCUGGCGUCGCAUCCCACCCACCAUCUAGACUGUCCGGUGCGAAAGUUGAUCACUUGCAUAGAAUUAGACUCAAC